CGCAUCCGCGACACAGCGGACAUCCUCCUGCGCAGGGACGGCUCGGUGGGCGCGCGGCGGGAGCCUGGCGCCGCGGAGCCCACGACAAUGGUGGUGCCACCAGCCAGCUCGGAAGCCCAGGUGGUGCAGUCUCUGGGCUUCGCCAUCUACCGCGCGCUGGACUGGGGGCUGGACGACAGCGAGGAGCGUGAGCUGAGCCCGCAGCUGGAGCGGCUCAUCGACCUCAUGGCCAACAACGACUGCGACGACGGCGGCGGCGGGGCCGACGAGGGCUACGGCGGCCCCGAGGAGGAGGAGGAGGCGGCCGAGGGCGGCCCGCGCGCCGUGCGCACCCUGGAGCGCGCCAUGCGGCUGUGCGCGGCGCGCCUGAGCGAGCCCCGGGGCGCGCAGACCCACUACCAGGCCGUGUGCCGUGCGCUCUUCGUGGAGACGCUGGAGCUGCGGGCCUUCCUGGCCAGGGUCCGUGAGGCCAAGGAGAUGCUGCAGAAGCUUCGGGAGGAUGAGCCACAGGCAGAGAAGCCCCUGGCAGAGCUGGACAACCUGGGGCACACAGACUGGGCCCGACUGUGGGUCCAGCUCAUGCGGGAGCUGCGCCAUGGUGUGAAGCUGAAGAAGGUGCAGGAGCAGGAGUUCAACCCCCUUCCCACUGAGUUCCAGCUCACGCCCUUCGAGAUGCUGAUGCAGGACAUCCGCGCCAGGAACUAUAAGCUGCGCAAGGUCAUGGUUGAUGGGGACAUCCCUCCCAGGGUGAAGAAGGAUGCCCACGAGCUCAUUCUGGACUUCAUCCGCUCCCGGCCUCCGCUGAAGCAGGUCUCAGAGAGACGGCUGCGCCCCUUACCACAGAAGCAGAGGACCCUGCAUGAGAAGAUCCUGGAGGAAAUCAAGCAGGAGCGGAGGCUGCGCCCUGUGGGGGGCGAGCGCUGGGGUGCCCGGGGUGAGUGGGGGUUCGGCUCUCUGCCCUGCAUCCCUAAUGCCUGCUCCAGUGAUGUCAACUCCACGUCCUGCAUCAACCUGUCUGUCGCAGAUGCCAGCAGCAGCACCCAGCGCCCACGGACCCGGGUCCUGCUUAAGGCGCCCACCUUGGCUGAGAUGGAAGAGAUGAACACGUCUGAGGAAGAAGAGUCUCCAUGUGCGGAGGUAAUGCUGAAGCGGGAUCGCUCUUUCUCGGAGCACGACCUGGCCCAGCUUCGGAGUGAUGUGGCCUCUGGCCUGCAGGUGGCUACCCAGACACCAGCAGGGAUAGUGCCACCCCGGCCUUGGGCAGGCAGCACACACACCUGGAGGCCCAGCAUGCAAGACCAGGGUUCCUGUCCUGUGAGUGUCCAGUCCCAGCCUGACCCCAGCUCCCCCCAACUCAACAACCUGCGCUCAGGGGAGGACAGACUGGAGGCCUCUACGGCCCCUGACUCCAAACACCUGUGGCUGGAGUUCAGCCACCCCGUGGAGAGUCUUGCUCUGACAGUGGAGGAGGUGAUGGAUGUGCGCCGGGUGCUGGUGAAGGCUGAGAUGGAGAAGUUCCUCCAGAACAAGGAGCUCCUCAGCAGUCUGAAGAAGGGGAAGAUCUGCUGCUGCUGCCGUGCCAAGUUCCCGCUGUUCUCGUGGCCACCCACCUGUCUGUUCUGCAAGAGAGCUGUCUGCACUUCCUGUAGCAUGAAGGUGAAGAUGCCUUCUAAAAAGUUUGCACACAUCCCCGUCUACACACUGGGCCUUGAGAGUCCUCAGAGGGUGUCAACCGCCAGAGCCACGCCAGCACAGAGAAGAGCCUUCCAAUCCCUGCAGGGGCCACAGUGGCGGAGUGUGGAGGAGGAGUUCCCCCACAUCUACACCCAUGGCUGUGUACUGAAGGACAUUUGCAGCGACUGCACCAGCUUCGUAGCUGACGUGGUGCAAUCCAGUCUCAAGAGCAUGGACGUCCUCAACACCACACCACACCGCAGCCGCCAGACUCAGUCGCUCUACAUCCCUAACACCAGGACUCUAGACUUCAAGUGACGGCCCAAGUGGCCAGGCCUUGGGGGAGGAGCCAGGCUUGGUCCUGCACAAGGCUGGACAGGCACAGGCUCUUGUCUUGGGGUACAGCCACCACACUCCCGAGCUGUGCAUGUACAUAUAUACAUAUAUAGAUACAUUUAUAUAAUAUAUACACAGCCUAUAUAUUUAUAUACAUUGUUUCCCGGCCCAGGGUUCAUUUGGGGUCAGGCUCAUUCCAGGACGCUUAGUGGGGAAGGAUGUUUCUUUUCAGGCUCCCUUGGGGGGCACGGAGGAGGGAAGAGAGGAAUGGGUUUUCUAACUGAGGUGCAGGCUCCCCCACCAUGUCUACUGCAAUCCCCAGGAACGAGAACACAGCAGCUUCCCCUCCCUAGUGGACGUCCAGGUUGGGACAGGGCACCUUGGUUCCCAGGUGGGCCACAGCACCCUGCUUGCCUCUGCACUCACUCUGUGGGGACUUGGGCAACAGGGGCACCUAGCAGGUACCUGAGCCCCAGCCCUCGUGCCGCCCCACUCUGGUGCUGCUGGUGUAUCCUCACUCAUCGUCGCAGUGGUCCCAUCAUGGGGGAGCAGCUCUGUAAACUUGUAUACAUGGCCACUCGGCCUAAUAAAGGUGGUCUCACAGUCUUCCA